AUGACAAUAGAAAGCGCUAUAGCUCGGGAAUUGGAAAAUUUGAUUUUACCCGCUGAUUCCAUAGUGAAUGUGGUUGAUCAAUUUCAAGAAGAAUUGUUAUCACGGCUUCAGACAAAUACGAUUUCUAUGCUCCCGCAGUGUUUGGUCCCAGAUAAACGAUCGCGAUGGAACCCUAAAGACAGGAUUCUCGCCAUUGAUUUCGGCGGAACAAGACUGAAAUUUGCAAUUAUCUCUUUGCCUCAAAUCGUUAUCGAAUACGAUGAUGCCUUUGAACUUACCUACAACAUCGUCGAUUCGAAUUUCUUUAAUCAAAUUAUCUAUACAAUAUGUACCAGGUUGGCUACAAAUGGUUAUAUAAAUAAAAAGAACGAAUCAUCUGAGGCGUCUAAAUUUUUUGUUUCCGUAACAUUCAGUUUCCCUUUAAAUUCAAAGGGUGAGGUGGUUGCUAUGGGAAAAGGCUUUGUGAUGACCAAUACUCUUCAAGGAUCCACUGUGAAACAGCUCAUCCAAUCUUCGUUUGAUCUGAUUAUAUCGGAAAAUAUCGAAGAAUUUUUCUGUGCCAUGAAUGUGUGUCAUGUAAUAAAUGACGCAAUUGCGGUUUCAUUAACAAGCAAAUUCAUAUGCAAAAACGAUUCAAUCUCAUUAAUAAUAGGAACAGGUACAAACGCAUGUUUCGAGGUUCCCUACGGAUAUUUGCCGCCUUUCAAGAGAGAUGGCUUAAGAGAGACGUUGCCGUCAAGCUAUAAUAAGGAGACAUUAAACUUCAAACAUGUCCUCAUCAAUUCAGAGAUUGGCUUUAUUGGUAAAGAUGUCAUUUCGUUACAACCAUUUGAUAUCCAUGGGGGAAUCUCAUAUGAAAUGCCCCUAGAAUGCGUCACCUCCGGUAAGUGGCUCCCGCAAUCAUUAAAAAAAAUUCUAUUGCAAUAUAACAUAAUCCCUAAAAAUUUUCCAGUAGAAUUCAAUGGGGAAUUGGUAUGCCAACUGGCAGAGGACUCUACUAAUGCUUGGUUCGAAAAUCAGCAUUAUGCAUUGAUUUGUAAAAUCGCACGUCUUUUAAUCAAGAGAGCCGCAUUUUAUGUUGCUGCAAUAGUACAAGCUAUUGAUAUCAUCACAGGCUGCAAAAAUUAUAACUUUAUUCAUAUCGGAUAUGUCGGAUCGUUUCUGCACAAUUCAAACUUUUAUCGAGAGCAGAUAAAAUAUUACUCCAGCAUUGAUAUUAAGUUGCAAUUCUUAAAUCACAGUAAUCUUUUGGGGGCUGCCAUAGCUACCUACUUAAACAAGUCGGACAAGCAAGUUCAAUAA